AUGCCCCCCACUGAAAUCGCGUUGCCACCCCGUCUCUCGCCUCCCCCACCAACCCUGGACCUUCCUCUCAACUUAUCAUUGGGCCCGCGGCAGCCAAACUUGCCGAUCAAAGCUGCACUCUCUCCGGUCGCCCCAAGUACCUCAAGUGCCCCGGGUGCUCCGAUUGCUCCGAUUGCCCCAGUUGGCCUUCAGAUAAUUCCAACUCGGCUCCCCUCCACGUUUGACUCUUCUGACUCCACCGCAUCCGUGGUCGGUCCAGUCAAACAGAGCAUCAUCAACCUCGGCAGCACUUCCAAGACUACCACUUCCUCCGCCUCAAGGCCCACAAGCCAACUUACCUCUCCACCGCCGUUGCCGUUGCCCUCGCCGCCGCCUGGCCUCAUCGUCGCCCUCCCACCAGCGUCAGCUGCUCUGGUACAUUCUUCGUCCAAUCCCUGGCCAGUUGACUCAAUUGCAAAUGGCUCCGAAGGAUCGCCGGCCUUCUCACAAAGGCUGAUUGUUCUACAUUUUGAGACGACAGAAGAAAUACCAUCGGAGCACUACUGA